GCCUGUGCGAUGUGAUGUGUACAUAACAGCAUAGCGCAGCGUGCUGUGGAGUGAGCGAGAGGGACCGACUGGCAGCAUAAUGCUGUUUCUCGAUGGGUGUCGGUGUCGUGAGGCAAAAUACGCAGCAGAGGUUCAUUUCGAUGAUCAGUUCUGAGCAAGCCGUUCAGCGGUACAGACGUGUUCUCCUGUCUUCCUCUCAUUUGCUUGGUAUAGGGAGAGUAUAAUCCUUGUAGAAACUUUGUACGCUGUUGAGGAGUGCGAUCUACGUGUGGAGAUCGACUCGGCCGAAGGAAGUGAUUUGAUUGUUUAAUCCGGUGCACUAGUCCGGAAGUCGCUGUUAUCAGUGUUUAUCGUUGUGCCGUCCGGUGUGUGUGUGGAAGUACUGACCGGUUUCUGUAGUGUGGGAACCAAAUGAGGAAUCCAUUGCCGAGAAACGAUUUCUCGUCGUAAGUACACCAGUAAAGAGAGGUGUACCGUGCGGUGAAAAAAGUGUGAAGAAAGAGUUAAAAGAAAGUCGUUGAAAAACAAAACACAAGACGGACGAUCGCCUAUUGGGAAAGGAGGAAAAGAAACUGUUAUGUGUGAUUAAUUCAGUCGCAAGUUUCCGAACGUGUGCUCUUGAGCUGACUUUUUGGAAUUUUCGGUUAAGCUCGGACACUAGUGAUAUCUAUAUGGGUGUACUGAACGGGAUCGGUUCCGGUGUCGGUGCAGCAAUCGAGUGCCAGCCGAGUUGCAAGAAGAACGAUAACAUCUUCUCGCCGAUCAAGAACAAGAUGAAGGUUCUGAAGAAGAUCAAAAAACGGAUGGGACUAGCUCCACGCAGUACAUCGUCAUGUCCCGGACCAAACAAUCUACCACCGCUUCUGUUCCACAAUGUGCACGGGGACAAUAUUCGAAUUUCGCGCGAUGGAACCGUAGCUCGACGGUACGAAUCAUUCUGCAAAGGAAUCGCAUUCAGCGCACGGCCAGUUCGCGUCAACGAACGUGUUUGCGUCAAGUUCCUCGAUAUCUCCAAUAAUUGGAGUGGCGUUAUUCGAUUCGGUUUUACCUGCAAUGACCCAGCCACACUCCGUGGCAAUUUGCCAAAAUAUGCAUGUCCAGAUCUGACAAAUAAGCCCGGAUUUUGGGCAAAGGCUUUGAACGAGCGAUAUUGUUACCGCAAUAAUGUCCUAUUUUACUACGUCACACCGUCCGGGGAUGUCCACUUUGGCAUCAACGGCGAAGAGAAGGGAGUUUUUAUCACAGAUGUUGAUGCUCGCGGUCCGCUAUGGGCUGUGAUUGACGUGUAUGGAAAUUCGACAGCCAUUGAGUUCCUAGAUUCGCGGAUCUACAUGUUCCAGGCGCAGCAGCAGCAACAGCAACAACAGCAGCAACAACAACAGCAACAACAACAACAGCAGCAGCAACAACAGCACCACCAUCAUCAUCACCAUCACCACCAUGCGGCACCAGCACAAAGCCAAACGUGUGGCCGUCGCUCUGCUGAUCAGGAAAUUUUACCUCAGUUAGAAUCACUCAGUAUCAACCAGCACAAUCAGCAGUUGCUCGAUGAGCGCCCGACUCCAACCACGGUCAUCAGUCCAGCUGCUAGCGUGCGGUACAACAGUCCUGCGCCCGGAUUGCUACCUCUACCGUUUCAUCCAGUGCGUGGGCGCAAUGUCAAAUUUUCGCCGGACCGUUCUGUCGCUACUCGGGUGGAAUCGGAGUUCUGUCAAGGAUAUGUUUUCACCCCCCGUCCAGUAAAGAUCGGUGAACGGUUGAUCAUUCAAAUUCUAAAAACUGAUACGAUGUUCGUCGGUUCGUUGGCACUUGGUCUGACAUCCUGCGAUCCAACAACCCUACAAUUUUCGGAUCUGCCCGACGAUUCAGAUCUGCUCCUAGAUCGCCCCGAAUAUUGGGUUGUCAGUAAAGACGUUGCGUCGACACUAGUCCGCGGGGAUGAGCUGUGCUUCUCGAUUUCCGUCAAUGGUGAAGUUUCCAUCAGUAAAAAUGGUGGACCCCAAUCUGUGAUUAUGCACAUCGAUCAAAGUCUGCAGCUGUGGGCAUUCCUAGAUGUUUACGGAUCAACUCAAAGUGUUCGCCUGUUUAGUCAUGCAAUUCCUGCUCCGAUUGCUGCUGCAUCCUGCUCGGCUCUGUACGAACCACGACCAAUUCCAGCAUCUGCAAGUCAACGCAGUCUUCAGAUCCAACCAGCCGCUCAACCCCAACCGAAUGCCGCCGUUCGAUCCGAUAUGAUACAGAUAAAUCCCGGCGGCACCGUUCUGGUGGUUAACCUACCGCCAACCGAUGUCAUCUCUCCUGCAUCAUCCCAAUCCACUGUCCAGCAAGCUCAGGCCACAAUCGUAUCUCGUGGCCUGCCGAAUUCAGCUUCAACCCUUUCUGUUCCACUGUCAACGCUCUCGCUAUCCUCGCACACCGGAUCAACCGGAACUAGCGAAAUCGUUCCACCCUACACCUUCACAGAGCCUCUUCCUGCUUACAACAACGCAUCCAACUACAACACACUGGCGGCAGCUGGUGGAAGCAGUAGCUGUAGCAGCAACACCAUCAACAACGUGGUCAGCGGAAACGGUGGCCCGAUCUAUAGCUCUACCGGCGUUGAUUGUACCAUCUGCUUCGAAAAACCAAUCGACUCGGUUCUAUAUAUGUGCGGUCACAUGUGCAUGUGCUACGAUUGUGCGAUAAAGCAGUGGCGCGGCGUCGGUGGUGGCCACUGUCCGCUGUGUCGUGCCGUUAUUAGGGACGUGAUUCGCACCUAUAAAUCCUAAACGAUCCCAGGUGUUGCUGUCGUCAACAGGGCCCCAAGCGUCGUCUGGUCACGAUACCAAAUGGAAGCAAAUAAAUAUGUGAUUUUUAUUCCAAAAAGAAACAAGCAAACAAAAAAAAGAACAAGAAAGAGCGAGACAUUGAGUUGAUUUAGAAAGGGAGACAAAGUUUCGGAAACAUUCUGGUCAAAAUUAUUAUACACUUAUAUUUUAUGCGAGUAAACUAUAAAGUAGUCAAAAUUUCAAAUCAAGGGUGAUAGAAGAGAUCAUGUUGGAAAAAGUUGGAGUAGUUCGCGCAUUUGUUGGUUAAAUAUUCGCUUUGCGAUAGAGGACAGUGGUAUGACUUGUUCAUAUGGUUCUGUUUAGUUUUGUUUUUUUUGCCGAAGUCGUUGAAGAAUACAUUAUCUAGUUCGUAAGUUUGUAGGACAAAUUUGCUGAUAAUGAAACCAAAAAACUCAAGUUUGCAUAGUCUAGUGUGACAGCGAGGAGAUUGCCAAAUAUAAUACAUCACUUCCAAAUAAUUGACAUGGGGCGAAAAAUCGGGAUAGCAAAACAAGCACCAACCAUAUUUAUUUUCAUCGUCCAUGGUUCUCCACAUCCCAUUUUCAAUUAAUUUUGAAGAUGUGUUCAUUGAAGGAACUGCAUGAUUUAAAACUAAAAAUCUCUAGUCAAAAAUGUAUUGAAAAGAGCGAGAACCCCAAAGUAAAACUUAGUUUAAGUGCGGUCAUUUUUGCAUAGGUCGUACCUUGCAUCAGGGCUAUUUAUUUAUUCUAUUGCGUCCUAUUUUUCCUCUGAUAAUAAUUUUCUCUGCCGUAGAGUAUUGUCGUCUAGACGACUUCACUAUAAUACAUCCUACUUAUCUGCACUUAUCCGGUCAGUAGCUGAAACGAAUGGCAUUUUGAGACCAGUAGACUACCCAUUGUCUGGUGUCCCAAAUGAAAUCAUUAAAGCAUUAUUAACUUGUAAGAGAUCCGACGAUUACUACUUAUUAUAUGAAAAAAAGAAGACAGUUGAUACUUUAUUAAUUUAUUGUUAUCUAAGCAACUAGAAUUAGGAAAAAAACAUCAAUUAUCGUAUUUUAAAGUUAGCUGAAUUAAAUGAAAAACAAAAAUACAAACUCAUUGUGCUAAAAUCAAA